GCAGACGUUGGCGCGCCAAUGAAGGCGGCAUUUARGGGAUGGAAGCACAGUACUGUAUUUCGAAGUACAGUUCCUCGUACUCGUACCGGUACUUCGUUAUUUUUUCGUACCAWACGAAACUACCUCGGAUCUUGAAUCUUUUUCGGAAGCAAAGUAGUCCUGUUCGAGUAUCGAGUACCGUUGCAAGCGGAAUCGUUACAUAGUGGAUUUCCGGGAGACUCUUCUAGCGCAGCUUAGAAAGAGAACGAAGAGAUGGUUUCUUUGAGCACGAAGCGUCCGUGUGCCGCCAACGCUGCCAGCAACGAAACUAGUCCAGAGAGAAACAGCAACCAGGCCCCGGACGGCCUAUCACCGKGUUGCGUGGUGGCCCACAAAAAGCAGAAACUAGAUGCGCUCGAAACGAACGCAACCAGCCAAAAAGAAACAAAAAACGAUGCCGACGGUACUGACAAGGAAGACAUGGCUUGGAUCUGUGCCGAGUGCAAAGAAGCAGAAUGCGGCCUGGUUGGUGCCGACGACGGGUCCGCGGACUUUCUGAUCUGCGACGGUCCCUGCCACCGCAUCUUCCACAUCCCCUGUGCAGGUCUGACGAAAGCGCCGUCCACCGACGACGACUGGCUCUGCCGGGAGUGUGAUAAAAAGGAACACGCCUGCGCCUACUGCGGGGAAUACGGGGAGGACGGUGUCGGCGUCUUUCCCUGCAAGGAAGACAAGUGUGGCCUUUUCUUUUGCGAGGCGUGUCUGAAGCUAAACCACGUCGACUACGAGUAUGCACGCAAAACCACCUCGAGAUCCCGGGGCAAGGAUAGCAACGAAAAAGACGACAACAGCAGCGCCGACAACGAGGCGGGGGACGAGCAAGACGAGGAGGAGUCCCGGAUCCCCGUCUUUACCUGCCACGCCCAUCGUUGCUGGACGUGUACGCAAAAGGACAUGAUCCAGCUCGAAAAGGACGAGAAGGCAGCUGAACAAGCCAAGCGAAAGGGCAAGAAGAACCAGAAAUCGUCUCGAAAAAAGGGGAAGAAGAAUACGUCUAUAUUUCAGUGCAAGCCUGGGCGUCUCUUUGUAAGUGGCCAAAGAAAACGAAAGAACACAUUGCGUCCUUUUGUUCUAAAUGCUGCCAGUAUCAUUCAAUCAAAACCAUUGCAUUCGUUGCCAUAAUAAUCUUGCAAACCUCAUUUGCUGUUGGUUGUCCUGUGCACACAUGUUUGUUUGUUUAUCGGUUUGUAGAGAUGUUUAUACUGUCCUAUGUCAUUCCAUAUCACGUGCAUUCCACCGACCGCUAAAUUCCACGAGCUGGCCGUCCUCUGCCACGAACACGCCACGACACAUAAGCUCCCGGAGCUCGACAUGAACGACUCGAUCCAAUCCAAAGUGGAGAGCAAAAUCGACCAAACCUUAAUGAGGCUCCAUGGGGUGGGUCGCUGGAGAGGGUCAAAGGGAGACAAGCAACAACGCUCCAACGGAUGGCUCGGCCGCCGUGGAACGAAUCCCUUUCUCCCUGGGCUGCGGGGAGAUCGGUUGGAUGCCAAGGAGAAGUAUCUUCUAUCGCACGCAAAGGAAACCGCCAUGCAGCAGAUUCAAAUACUGGGACAAGAAAAACAGUCAGCUGCAGUCGCGGUGCGUCCUUCCAGCACGAUAUCCAUGAUACUGGACGGGAGCGUUCCCUUUUGCCUGCCAAACGACAUCAAGAACGAGGUGUACUCUAAACCACCGCCGUAUUCACACAUCCAAUCGCUCAAGUUCGGAGACAAGAACAACCGGCCGAAAAGGGUACCCGGUCCAACGCCCGAAGACCAGGAGAAAUGCAAGUGCACCGGAUCGUCCUGCCUGGAGGAUUGCUUCAACCGGCACAUCAUGACAGAAUGCACCCCAAUCAAUUGCAACCUUGGCGAAAAGGACUGCGGGAAUCGUGGCAUGAGCAAGCGAAAAUUUGCAAAGUGCCAGCCCAAGCGAGAACGAGGCAAGGGGUGGGGACUGAUAACGCUCGAGAGAAUCCCCAAGAACAAGCUCGUCCAGGAAUACGUGGGGGAAGUCAUUGACGAAACCGAAAAGGAAACGAGGCUUGAGGUGUGGAACAGAGAGCAUCCGAACGAUCCAAACUUUUACGUCAUGGCGCUGUCGGGAGGCUACUAUGUUGACGCGCGCGUGUAUGCGAACCAGAGCCGCUUCAUCAACCACUCAUGCGCACCAAAUUGCAAGGUGAUGAGCGUCAACGUCAAAGGCCGUAUCCGCAAUGGGAUUUACAGUAUUCGAGACAUCGAGGCGGGCGAGUUCCUAAGCUAUGACUACCACUUUGACACGAAGCAAGGGGACCGAUUCGUGUGCCGCUGCGGAGCUCCAAACUGCCGCGGAACCAUGCAGGGAGGAAAGAGGGGAGACGGCAGCUCGAAAAAGGCGGCGACCUGGAAAGAACUCAAGGCCUCGUACGAGGCCGACAAGGCAUUCCUAAACGAACGAAAGGGGAAGGACGUGAUCACGCUAACGCAUGGCCUGGUGCCGGGUGCCGAAAACCCGAACGAGCUGGUCGCGAGGGGCCCGAUCCAGAAAUACCGCAAGGCAGCCAUCGAUGGCCGCAUCUUUUUGUGGCGAAACGUCAAGCUGGGGGCCAACUUUGUGUCUCGCCAUGCGCGGCUGAAUGCUGCCAGCGAACAACGCAGGUGAUCGAGUGAGUUUUCGAACGAGCCAGUGGAAUUGGAUUCUUCUUGCCGUUCCGGCUAAAUUCAAACACCAUUAGUCUAAAUUUAGU